AUGCACUCGUCACUUCUGAAUCAUUCUGAGCCUCAGCUAAAGUAUCCAUUUCAUGUUCGGGAGUGUGUGAAUACAGAUCCACUUCCAAUUCUUCACCAAUAUUAUCAAUCUGGGGACAUCAUCAUUGGUGGCAUUAUGUCUCAAAUCUAUAUAGCUUCAAGUAUAUUAACCUUCCACAAACCUCCCUCUCCUGAAUUAUUUGAUGACAUGUUGCCAAUGACACAACUCUACCAGCAUAUUCUGGCCUUGGCAUUUGCUGUGAGGGAGAUCAAUGAAAGCCCACAUAUCCUUCCCAAUAUCACACUGGGCUUCCACAUCUAUAAUAGCCAUUUCAUUGCCAGAUGGAUCUAUCAAGCCUCACUGGCAGUUCUCUCCAGGAAAGGCAGAUUUGCUCCUAAUUAUAAGUGUGAUGUUGAGGACACUCCCAUAGCUGUCAUUGGGGGAUCAAACUCGGAUUCAUGUCUCCAGAUGGCAACCAUCCUUCAUAUGUACAAGAUGCCCCAGCUCAUCUAUGGCUCUUCUCCCAUGAUGGAACACACUGUACAAACUCUUUUCUCCCACUGGAUGUUCCCAGAUGGGACUCAUCAGUACAAUGGGCUACUCCAACUUCUCCUGCAUUUCAGCUGGCUGUGGAUUGGGGUGGUUUCUCAGAAUGAUGAUGCUGGAGAGCAAUUUGUACAAAAUGUUCUUCCCAUGUUUGCCCAGAGGGGUAUCUGCUUUGAUUUUAUAGGAAGAUUUCCGAAACUUAAGUUUUCUGGAGAGUUCCAUGAAAUGGUGGCUGAUGGUUCUGAAACAAUCCGUGUUAUUAUGGGAAGCACUGCUAAUGCUGUGGUUGUUAAUGGUGAAAUUGAUACCAUUAUGGUAUUGAGAAUGAUGCCAAAGAUUGCAGAAACAGAUGAUAUACCAAUGCAUGCCACAUCAAAAGUCUGGAUAAUGACUGCGCAGAUGGAAUUCACAUCAAUCCCCUUUCAAAGAGGCUGGGAAAUCGAUUUCCUCCAUGGUGCUCUCUCCUUGGCAGUUUCCUCAAAGGAACUUGUAGGAUUCCAGAAAUUUGUUCAGAUGAGAAACCCUGCCUUAGAAAGAGAAGACAGCUUUCUCCAGGUUUUCUGGGAACAGGCAUUCAUCUGUUCUUUCUCUGAUACUUCUUUAGAUAAGGAACACGAGGAAUCAUGCACUGGGGAGGAGAAGGUUGACAGCCUUCCUGGUUCUGUUUUUGAAAUGAGCAUGACUGCCCAAAGCUACAGUGUCUACAAUGCUCUAUAUACUGUGGCACAUGCUUUGCAUGCCAUGCAAUGCUCCAGAUCCAAAAUCAGAGCAAUGGCAAAUGAAAUGACAUUGGACUAUCUGAAGCAACAACCAUGGCAGGUAAAUGUUUGA